AUGCUGGCGAGGCGGCAGCGCGAUCCCCUCCAGUCCCUGCGGCGUCGCAAUCGGGAGCUGAAGCAGCAGGUUGAUGAUUUGCUUUCUGAGAGUCGAUUGAAAGGAGCUCUAGAAGCCAGUAAAAGACAAGAUAUUUACCAAAGAUGUAUCCAAUUAAAACAGGCAAUAGAUGAAAAUAAAAAUGCUCUUCAAAAAUUAAGCAAAGCUGAUGAACCUGCCCCUGUUGGGAGUUACAAUCAGAAGAAAGAGGAGGAACGCAAUCUUCUGGAUAAGCUUACCCACCAACUGCAGGAACUUGCUGUGUCCAUAAGUAGAGAAAAUGUCGCUGAAACUGGGGCGCUUACUGAAGGAGUGGACGAUGACAGCUCUGCUGAAGAAGAUGAUGAAGAAGGUGACGAGGCCACAAGUGGAGAACACGUUGCUAUUGGAGAUUUUACGGCUCAGCAAGUCGGAGACCUUACAUUUAAGAAAGGGGAAAUUCUCCUUAUAAUUGAAAAAAACCCUGAUGGUUGGUGGAUGGCUAAGAAUGCCAAAGGGAACAAAGGUCUUAUUCCCAGAACAUACUUGGAGCCCUGUAAUAAAGAAGAAGGCCCGGGGCCUAGUGAAGGAGGCAGCGAAGGCGCAGACGUAGGGGAGGAAACGGCAGAAGGCGCAGAGGUUAAACAAAGAACCGAUUCUCAUUGGAGUGCUGUCCGAAAAGCCAUCUCAGAGCAGAUUAACACCGUCGACUUAUUGACCUCGAUGGGAGCUAUCCCUGCCGGGUUCAGGCCUUCCACCCUCUUCCAGCUUCUGGAGGAAGGGAGUCAAUUUCGAGCAAGUUACUUCUUACAACCAGAGCUCACUACCUCACAACUGGCCUUCAAAGAUCUAAUGUGGGACGCUGAAACGGGCUCUAUUAGGUCAAGACCAAGUCGUGUUUCCUUGAUUCUGACCCUCUGGAGCUGUAAGAUGAUUCCUCUUCCAGGAGUGAGCAUCCAGGUUCUGAGCAGACACGUGCGCUUCUGUCUGUUUGACGGCAGUAAGGUUCUGAGCAACAUUCAUACAGUCAGGGCCACGUGGCAACCUAAGAAACCCAAAACAUGGACCUUUUCUCCCCAGGUUACUGGCAUCUUGCCCUGCUUGCUUGAUGGUGACUGUUUCAUCAGGUCCAAUUCUUCGUCUCCAGAUCUUGGAAUAUUAUUUGAACUUGGAAUUUCUUAUAUUCGCAAUUCAACUGGUGAGAGAGGAGAAUUAAGUUGUGGCUGGGUGUUUCUUAAACUUUUUGAUGCCAGUGGAAUUCCUAUUGCAGCAAAAACUUAUGAACUCUUCUUGAAUGGAGGCACCCCUUAUGAAAAAGGUGUUGAAGUGGACCCUUCAGUAUCCAGAAGAGCACAUGGUAGUGUUUUCCAUCAGAUGAUGACAGUGAGAAGGCAGCCUCAGCUUCUAGUAAAACUGAGAUCUUUGAACAGAAGAUCAAGGAACAUGCUAAGUCUACUGCCGGAAACAUUAAUUGGAAGUAUGUGCUCCGUUCAUUUGUUGAUAUUUUAUCGCCAGAUUCUUGGAGACGUGCUCCUGAAAGACAGGAUGAGCAUGCGCAGUGCUGAUUUAAUUAGUAAUCCAGUGCUGGCCACCUUCCCCAAGCUCUUGGAGCAGCCUGACAUAAUGGAUGCCCUCAGGAGUUCCUGGGCUGAGAAAGAGAGUACCUUAAAAAGGUCAGAGAAGAGAGACAAGGAGCUCCGGAAGGCCGUGUUCCUCCUGGUUUACCACGACUGCGCGCUUCCCCUCCUCCACUCCGCGCUCCUGCCCCCGUUCAGGUGGGCGGAGGAGGAGACCGAGGCCGCCCGAUGGAAGGUCAUCGCCGACUUCCUCAAGCAAAGCCAAGAAAACGAGGGCGCCCUCCAGGCUCUGCUGUCGCCAGCGGGGCUGCAUGAGCCUUUCGACAUUUCAGAGCAGACCUAUGACUUCUUGGGUGAGAUAAGAAAGAUCUCAGCCUGA